CUGCUGUGAUCUGGGAGGAGCAGGAAGAGAGUCGUCGUCAGAGUGAAGGUACUGUAAUAGCGCGGUGCGUUAAGAGUUGAUUCUCCAAACCGGAUUUUGCUUGAAAAUUGUAAUUUAAAGGAAAGAAAUGAAUAUCAUCACACAACUACAACUGCCAGCCCCACCAACAGAAACACAUCCUUUAAUACAGUGUAUAAUUAAUAACAGACUUGAUAAACUAAAGACAUUUUUGAGGUACAAUGAUGCAUUGUAUCAUACCCAUGCAAAGAGUGUAACGAUUUUAUCACACCACUAAUUGCUGCAAUCAUAAAUCAUAAAAUGGAUAUUUUCAUUUUCCUACUCAGUGAAGGUGCUGACCCAAACGUGGCUUGUCCAAAUGGUUUCACCUGCUUACAUUAUGUAUCAUUGUCCAAAGCUCCACUGGCUUUUGUGCAAGUGUUGCUUUCAAGAAAGCCUAAGCUAGAUGUUUGGUCUUUGGUUGGCGGUUUGCUCUGCACACCACUCCAAACCGCUGCCAUCAAUGACAGGGAUGAUGUGGUUAGAGAACUAAUUUCUGCAGGUGCACAUGUAAGACCGAUGCUGACUAAAGAUGCGAAAAGUAAGGAGUGCAAUAAAAAAUUAUGUGAAAUUAUCAACCAAAUGGCAUCAGCUGGAAAUGAAGUGUGCUCCAAAAUCAGACUUUUUUUUGAUAUGCAUUUGGCUGUAAUGGAGAAAACACCUGAAGAAGUCUUCAGAAUAUUCCACAGUCACAUGCUAGAACAUGAUCCUCAGAUCCAACUGACCAUGAUUGAAACACUUUUCACUGUGUCUGGGCCUGGGGCAGAAAAAUACCCACAGGAAUGUUUUAAAUGGCUGAAAGACACUGGAAAUCUCCACUCCUACAUCGCAGGUGCAGUUAGUCGCCUUCCAAAGAUCUCCAACGAAUGUGUAUAUCAGGAAAUUUUUAGUCUGCAUGCCGUUUUCUGUACAUUGGAAGAAAUACCAAACGACCAAGCGCUGGAAAUAAUUCCCCAACUAGUGGAACGACUUGGUACAAAAGAAAGGCCUGAUAUAUGUGAGCUUGUAAUGCAAACACUAUAUGUGAUAUCACAGAAAACGAAAAGCACAACUGAGUGGAAUCCCACCUUUGUUGAAAGUUUAUGCAAAGCAGUGGCACCUUUUGUGCAGGAGGCAUACCCUAUUAGUAUUAGACGCUUCACAUAUGGGAUAUUUGCAAACCUACUUUCAGUUAAACAUACUGUUAAAUUCCUUAAAUCGGAAGGAAUAUGUUCUGUGCCUCAGGACAUAUUGGCAUCUGCAGAUAUGAACAUGAAUGACAAGCUGAAAGAAAUGCUCAGGAGACUAAACGGUCAUCUCAGUAACCCGACCCUGGAGUCUGCAGCUUUAGCUGAAUCUGGGAAAAAAAAGAAGAAAAGGAAAAAGAGGAAAAAGAAGCAGAAUUCCGAGCAACCUGAAAAUGCAAAUAAUGAGGGUGGAGCUACUGCUGCUGAUCCAGUAACUAUUCCUGUGGUGGAAUCAGGUUUACAUGUGAAGCCAUUUCAGGCUAACUCAACUACAGUAAAACCCCAGAAACACAGAAAUGGCUGAAGAUCAGCAAGAGGUGGAGAGAAAAACUGGAGAAGCUUGUUGGUACUGAUGAAAGCAAAGUUACCAGAAUUCAGAGCGUCGUUUAUCUAAAUGAGGCAGAAUUCCGCAUUGCAAAAGGAAGUGAUGGCACUGAAGUCUUCUUGGGGUUGAGAGAUGACGGGACUGAAGUCGCAAUCAAGAGAAUGUCUAAAUGUAACUACCAAGUGUUGAAGAACGAGGAAGGAAUUCUGCGACUUCCAGAACUUGAUGAUCCAUCUAUUGUGCGAUACGUUGACUCUGCAGAGGAUCAGAACUUUGGAUACCUCUGUCUGCAGCUUUGUGAAUACACCCUUGAAUACAUCAGAAAUAAAGAUGCUGGUCCCUGGAUAAAGAAACUUGUCUGUCAGGUUCUUGACAGUUUGAAGGUGCUGCAUUCUCAAAAAAUUCUCCAUCGGGAUCUCAAACCACAGAAUGUUUUGAUCGAUGUUAAGGGAAAGGCAAGACUGGCUGAUUUUGGCAUCAGCAGGCGUUUACCCAAGGGACAAACAACUUUGCGCACAGGCAGUGCAGGAACUAAAUGCUGGAUGGCCAGUGAGACCUUAGAGGAAGAGACCAACACACCAUACAAGUCCAACACAGACAUACAGGUGGCAGGAAUGCUGAUUUAUUACAUGCUCUCUGGAGGACACCAUCCAUUUGGUGAUGACUUUCGCUGUGAGUGCAACAUUGUCGAUGGUAAAUACAACUUGGACCAAGUCAAAGAUGUGUUGGCGCAGGACCUCAUUGAGUGGAUGAUUGAUUCCAAACCUGAGCAGAGGCCUAAAGUGGAAGAAUGCCUGAAGCAUCCCUUCUUCUGGUUGGAUGACAGGAGAGUAGAAUACUUGAGAAGGGUUGGUAACAGGGAUGAGGCAUCAAACUGUAGAAAAGCCAACCAGGAGCUGGUUAAUUCUCUGGAACAAUGUGCUGGAGAUGCAUCGAAAGAGUGGAAACACAAGUUUCCCCAGGAGCUGGUGCAGAAGAUGGAUGGGAAGAGGAAAUCCUACCCUGAGAACACACUGGGAUUACUGCGCUUCAUACGCAACCUCCAUGAGCACUAUAUCAAGGAUGCAGCCCAGGUUGAUCUCAUGACGUUGUUUCCAGACCUGUUUGGGCGUGUUUACAAGUUCGCCAAAAACCAAGGGUGGAACUCAGUGACGCCUCUGAAACAAAUGUUCACAAAAGACGUGACUCCGAGCUUCGUGGCGUCGUCCACCGGUCCAGAGGAGAAUCUAGGGGUCCCAGUUCAAGAGUCUCACUUGACUUAAAGUAAAAUUCAAACAAAACACAUCUACAGUAACACUGCAUACUGUGGAGCAGUUUACUUUUAUUUUCAUGUUUCAUGAAAUUUUGGAAUUUGUUUCAUGUAAAUGAAUUUAAAUCCUGAGAAGGGUUAUUUUAAUUUAUAUUACUACUUGAUAAUCCAUCCAUCUAUCAAACCACUUAUUCUCAUGCCGGAUCACAGGAGCCAAUCCCAGCUAUCUUCAUGCGAGAGGUACACCCUGGAUACAGAGACAAACAACCAUUCACACACACACACACACACAUACCUACGGACAAUCUAGAGUAAUGGCUAAUAACCUAAGUGCAUGUCUUUGGACCGUGGGAGGAAGCAGUGGGACCCAGAAAUAACAUGUGAACACAGGAGGAACAUGCAAACUUCGGGAAUCGAACACCCUUCUCUCUAAGAGGCGAGAGUGCUACCCACUGCAUCGCCAUGUUGCCCCUACUGAAUAAUAAUAUAUAAUAACAAUAAUAAUAAUAAUAAUAAUGAAUACAAUAAAUAGCUCAACUGCCACAGCAUUUGAUGUCAUAAUGAAAUGUUCUUUUUAAUUUGCUGCUAUUGUCAUAUUAUCCAUCUAAUCUUUAAAUAAAUAUGUUGGCAUAAGGGAUGCUGAAAAACAACAACAAAACAAUAAUAAACAAUUUUAACAGG